GAUGAAGCUUCUGACCACGCAAGGCAUCCUUCUUUUUCACACAUCGUUUGGGAUGGAGUCUGCCCACAAAAAGCUGAAAAAUGCCCAUCAAGCUUUCGGGGUAAACCACCUCCGCUGCUGAUGAUAUCACUGGACGGGUUUCGGGCUGAUUAUCUCCAGAGGAACUUCGCCCCCACGAUAAGGAACCUCUCCGAAUGCGGCACGAAAGCUCGAUUCAUGCAUCCAGUCUUUCCCAGCAAGACGUUUCCCAAUCACUUCAGCCAAGUUACGGGUUUAUAUCCUGAAACCCACGGAAUCAUUGACAAUCAAAUGUUUGAUCCAGAAAAAGGAGAAGAAUUCGUAGUUGGAAAGCUGAACAUUUUAAAGCCAUUUUGGUGGCAAAGAGAACCUAUUUGGGUCACUGCUGUGAAACAGGGGAAAAAGUCAGCAUGCUUGUAUUGGCCAGGAUCAGAAGUUGCCAUAAAUGGUACUCACCCAACUUAUUACAAAACUUACAGCUCGAAACUUUCAUUUGAAGAUAGAGUAGAUCAAGUGCUUAGGUGGUUGGAUAUGCCACCUAAAUCGAGACCGGAUUUCAUAAACAUGCAUUUCAGCCAACCAGAUGCUGCUGGUCAUUUUUUUGGACCUGACUCUGAUGAAGUAAAUUAUGCAUUGAAGAUAGUUGAUGACGUCAUAGCACGUUUGGUUCUGGGAUUGCAGUGGAGAAAUUUGACCGGUUGUGUUGAUAUGAUAAUAUCUUCAGACCAUGGUAUGUCAGAUGUUCGCUGCAACCGUUCAAUAAAUGUUGAAAAUUUCGUUAACAUCACUAAAUGUGAUUACAUUUUUGGAUCCAUUGGGAGGAUUAGGCCAAAAGCAAACCAAAGCCAAACUGAAAUGAUUUCCAAGCUCCAAUGUCGCAGCGAGCACAUGCGAGCAUACGCCAAGGAACAACUGCCUGUCAGAUUUCAUUUUGUUGACAAUGCCAGAAUCGAGCCGAUAUUUAUAGACAUGGACGCAAGAUGGACUGUCAUAAACAAUGGUUUGGAAGAAGAACAGAAAGUUUGCAAUGGUGGAACUCAUGGAUAUGAUAAUCUUUUCCCUGACAUGGGAGCUCUUUUCGUAGCUUAUGGCCCAUCUUUUAAGCAGCAUUACACCUCACCACCCUUCAUUAAUACCGAGUUGUAUGAAAUGCUUUGUGAGCUGCUUGACAUUGUUCCAAACCCCAACAAUGGAACGAAAGGAAGCUUACACCACAUGUUGAACUCACCACGAUUGCUUCCACCGCAGACUGAACCAAAUCCUCCUCUUACUGCAGAAAUUCCAAAGGAAGACAUGGAAUAUAAGUUUCGAGUGUAUGCUGCUUACUGUCCUGGUUAUGAGGUUAACAAAACUAAAGAUAUGGACGAAAAGACCGCAAGAGAAAAACGAGACUUGCACAUGCCUUUUGGUAUUCCGUUCGAUGCUGAAGAUAAUUCAACUCUUCGUUUACUACUUAACGAAGAUUAUAUUUCGGCAUUCGAUGUGAAAUAUCGCUUGCCAAUGUGGACGUCCUUUACUCUUCAUGGUCAGAAAAACAUUAGUGAAAAGGAUGACAUCGCUUGGAUAGGAGAUCCACGAAUUUCAUUCAUGAGUACACCGCAAUGCACCGAUUACGAUUCGAAACCAGUGAAAAGAUUAUCGAUUUUGCAAAGGCCCCUGUAUUCACCAAAUUUUUCCGAUCCUCCGGUCAAAGAACAAGCAGCCCGUGUCACUAAUUCUAUUCCAAAAUCUUUAAAUCAUACGAAUAUUUUAGAAAAAGAGUUAAAUGACAUCCUGAGGCAAAAAGUGGAGAAAGAAGGACAGCUUAAUGUAGUGAUGGGUCCUGCUUUUGACUUCAGUGCGACGGGCAUCAGACCUCAUAUCGGAGUUAUUAUGAGAUCCCAUGAAAGAACAGGGCCUUUAGUGGUGCCAACUCACAUUUUCGUCGUCACAACGUGGUGCACUGAGAAGGUGCAAAAACUGAAAGAGUGCAAUCCCACACAUUUAGAGACCCUUGCGUAUUUGCUGCCAAAUAUGCCGUUUCCAGAUAACUGUGAACCGGGAAAAUCGAUUAUAGAAAGAAAUGUUGCGAGAGUCGUUGAUGUAGAAAAGUUGACUGGUAUUUCCUUUUUCACUGGGCUCCCUAUAUACGAAGCAAUACGAUUAAGAGCAAGGAUGCCAGAUGCACAAAGUAUACACAAAUGAUGCGGAUAAUUUUUAGGCAACAUUAAUUUUUCACGGUCGGACAUUGUGAACGGCAAUGCAUCAACUUUAUUUUUCAAAACUUUUAAUAUAAUAAAUGAUUUUAACA